CCGCCAAUUUCAAAGUGGACAAAAUGGCGGAGAACACUAGAUGUCUCGAUGCAGUAAACGAAGAUGAUGGCAAGGAGGUGCGGCUGAUCCUGGUGGGAGGGGCCUGCAGCAAACACAAGGCUCUGAAGAAUGCACUGGAGAACCUUCCCUACGAGGUAUUUGAGUCAGAGACAGGCAGCGAGUAUGUGGCGGACACAACAGAGUUCGACACCAUCUUCGUGCUGGAUGAGUUCAAAGGAGACGUGUUUGAGCAACUACGCAAGGCAGAUGUCAGAAUAGUGGGACCCCCUGUCAUCAUCAAGUGUGCCACAGACAAACAGCCCAUCCCAUACAACUCCAGGCCACAGUACUGUUGCUCCAUGACUGGGCUGAAAGUGUGUUUCACUGGCUUCAAAGAGAAAUCAGAGUUGAGCCAUUUUGUUGACCUGGUACACUACAUGGGUGGUAACGUACGAAAGGACUUCAAGUGUAACAUCACACACCUGGUGGCCAACGCCAUUGAUGGGGAAAAAUAUGAGUGUGCAGUGGGCUUAGACAAGCCAAUAAUGAGUUCUGAUUGGCUGACACGGGUCUGGACCGAACGGGACAAGGUGGAUUUCCGUGCUGAUGAUCCAUGUGUGAUGAAGUACAAGGUUCCUCCAUUCUACAAGAGAUGCCUCAGCUUUCUUGGAUUCUCCCAUGAAGAACAGAACCAUAUGGAGGAAAUCACUAUAGAAAAUGGUGGCACGUUUGCCAAUGUUGGUGACAAGGAAUGCAGCCAUCUGAUAGUGGACGAGGCUCUGAAAGACCUGCCUGACAAUAUAAGCCUUCCGAAACAUGUCGUCAAGGGAGAGUGGUUUUGGGCAUGCAUACAAAUGGAAGCAAGGGCAGCAGAGAAGUUUUAUACAUUCCAAAAGGGAGAAGCAGUUCAGAAUCUGUUCACGCCCGUGUCAACUAUGGCCGGAUCAAAGACUCGGAAGCGCAAGCGGCUGAAAGAGAAUAUCGCUCAGCUGGUGUCAGAUGAUGAGCUGGAGUCACCGCUGUACAACAAGCGACGCUCGGGAAGCAUCGAUGGGAUUAUCAGCCCUAAUUCCUUCCUCGAUGCUUCCAACACCCCAGAUAUCUCAGAUAUCAACAUCAAAACCAUCAACUCCCCUACAACACCAUGUAGUAUGCCUUUGGACUCAGCAGACAAUGACAAGGAGCAAGUGAAGGUCACGCCAAGGUUACAGGUGGUCAAGGAGUUCCUGCAGACUGAGAGGAACUAUGUGGGCAUACUACAUACGCUAUUAAAUACAUUCAAGGCCCAGAUUGAGAAGCAGGACCAGUACAGCGGGGCCAUCCUGGCUGCACCCGACGUGAAGCUGAUCUUUGGCAACAUUCCUCCCAUCUACAACAUCCACCUCUCGAUACGGGAGGAGCUCGAAAAAAUGGUGGAGACGUGGAGCGAGGAGAAACCGGUGGGGACUGUUAUCAGCAAGAAUGCAGAGGCAUUGGUGAAAGCAUACCCACCAUUUGUUAACUUUUUCGAGGACACAAAAGAGAGGAUACAAAAAUGUGAUAAAUCCAACCCCAGGUUUCAUGCCUUUUUAAAGGUGUGUCAGACCAAGCCUGAGUGUGGCAGGCAGACAUUGACAGAGUUGUUGAUACGGCCUGUACAGAGGCUCCCCAGUAUUACCCUGCUUUUAAAUGAUAUUUUAAAACAUACUCCAAAAUCCAAUCCAGAUUAUGUGGAGUUAGAAAAAGCCAAUAAUGUUUUAAAGGAAGUUAUGACACAUAUCAAUGAGGACAAGAGAAGAACAGAAAGUCAAGUGGUCAUGUUUGAUAUCAUGAAAGACAUUGAAAACUGUCCGGCAACCCUUCUGUCAUCACAUCGUAACUUUGUGUCUCGUAUGGACGUCAUUGAGCUGUCUGAUGUCCUGUCUGAUCGAGGAGCGCCUCUAUCUCUCUUUCUCUUCUCUGACUGUAUUGUGAUAUGCAAACGCAGAACAAAAGUGCUACAUUCUAAGAGCCCUGCAGCCUCAAAGACACCCCAGAAGGGCUACAAACACCUGGAGUUCCUGCCCCUGCAGUGUGUCAAGAAAGUCCUAGAUAUCCUGGAGGCCAAGGACUGCAAGGAUGCCUUCGGCCUGAUAGUGAAGAACACAGAAGACAUGAAGGACAAGUUCUACUCCUUCAUGAUGGACUCGGAGGAUGUGUCCAAGAGCACCUUGAUAACAUCUGUGGCCAAGUCCAUAGCAAACACUGUGUGUCGCACUGACUAUGAGAGCCUCAUCUCCAGGGUGGACGGGGAGGAGUUCCAGGUGAGCACGGUGGACCUGUCUGGACAGAAACUGAGCAAGGCAGCCAGCAGGUUCAGCCGUCGAGUGAGUAGAGCCUUUUCGUUCAACAAGACACCACGGCGGAUCAAGCGAGCAGUGUCGCACGUGUUCAGCCCGUUCGUGAAGGACAGCUCGCGUGACUUUACCCCAGGCAACCUCCAUGGCAAACGUCUGGCCAGCAGCAUCGACCUCACAUCGAAUGAUGACAACAUCAGCAUCGGUUACCUCGACGACGACACUCUGAGCUUGGGGGCGUUCUCCAUGAAGGGUCCCCUAGACUGACCCGCGCUGGCCCCUGCACAACUGGGUGUCACUGGAUCCAUAAGGGGCCACAGGAAACCUAGAUUAGGGAGAUUCACCAGAAGCUAUAGUUUCAGCUUGUUACGGAGUGAGGGCACUGGACUCCUGAAGUGGUCCAGGAGAAAUGUUACCUUUGAGUCCAAUGUGUAGUUGGAAAAACAAGAUCAUGCAUUCAAACUGAAUCAGGCAUUUUUCUAAUUAAUUAAAUAAUUUCACCCUUGGUAAUAAUUGUUUUAUCAAUAUUUUGUUGACCAUUCUUUCAAAAUGAUCAUUCAACUGAAAUAAGAUAUAUACAAUUUUAUGCCCCCCUUCGAAGAAGAGGGGGUAUAUUGCUUUGCACAUGUCGGUCUGUCAGUCGGUCCCUCCACCAGGUGGCUUCCGGAUGAUAACUCAAGAACGCUUGGGCCAAGGAUCAUGAAACUUCAUAGGUACAUUGAUCAUGACUCGUAGAUGACCCCUAUUGAUUUUGAGGUCACUAGGUCAAAGGUCACGGUGACCCGAAAUAGUAAAAUGGUUUCCGGAUGAUAACUCAAGAACCCUUAGGCCUAGGAUCAUGAAACUUGAUAGGUAGAUUGAUCAUGACUCGCAGAUGACCCCUAUUUAUUUUCAGGUCACUAGGUCAAAGGUCAAGGUCACAGUGACCCGUAAUAGUAUAAUGGUUUCCGGAUGAUAACUCAAGAACGCUUAGGCCUAGGAUCAUGAAACUUGAUAGGUAGAUUGAUCAUGACUCGCAGAUGACCUCUAUUGAUUUUCAGGUCACUAGGUCAAAGGUCAAGGUCACAGUGACCCGAAAUAGUAAAAUGGUUUCCUGAUGAUAACUCAAGAACGCUUAUGCCUAUGAUCAUGAAACUUCGUAGGUAGAUUGAUUAUGGCUGACAGAUGACCCCUAUUGAUUGUCAGGUCACUAGGUCAAAGGUCAAGGUCACGGUGACCCGAAAUAGUAAAAUGGUUUCUGGAUGAUAACUCAAGAACGCUUAGGCCUAAGAUCAUGAAACUUGAUAGGUAGAUUGAUCAUGACUCGCAGUUGACCCCUAUUGAUUUUCAGGUCACUAUAUCAAAGGUCAAGGUCACAGUGACCUGAAAUAGUAAAAUGGUUUCCGGAUGAUAACUCAAGAAUGCUAAUGGCUACGAUCAUGAAACUUCAUAGGUUCAUUGAUCAUGACUCGCAGAUGACCCCUAUUGAUUUUGAGGUCACUAGGUCAAAGGUCAAGGUCAUGGUGACCCGAAAUAGUAAAAUGGUUUCCGGAUGAUAACUCAAGAACGCUUAUGCCUAGGAUCAUGAAACUUGAUAGGUACAUUGAUCAUGACUCGCAGAUGACCCCUAUUGAUUUCGAGGUCACUAGGUCAAGUUCACGGUGACCCGUAAUAGUAUAAUGGUUCCCGGAUGAUAACUAAAGAACGCUUAUUCCUAGGAUCAUGAAACUUGAUAGGUAGAUUGAUCAUGACUUGCAGAUGACCCCUAUUGAUUUUUAGGUCACUAGGUCAAAGGUCAAGGUCAUGGUGACCCGAAAUAGUAAAAUGGUAUCCGGAUGAUAACUCAAGAACGCUUAUGACUAGGAUCAUGAAACUUCAUAGGUACAUUGAUCAUGACUGGCAGAUGACCCCUAUUGAUUUUCAGGUCACUAGGUCAAAGGUCAAGGUCACAGUGACAAAAACAUACUCACACAAUGGCUGUCACUACAACGGAGAGCCCAUAUGGGGGGCAUGCAUGUUUUACAAACAGCCCUUGUUUAAUUUAGUGACUUGUCAGUACUAGUCUUAUAAUAAAAAGAUAACAGAUUUCCAUCAUGUAGUUGCAACGCUUAUUUAAUUUCUACGAGGGCUGUUUGGAAAGGUCAUUCAUAGACUCUGAAAACAUUCUAAAGAUUAAUAAAUGUCUACAUAAUUUGUGAUGCAACUUCUUUGAACUUUACAUAAUCAAAACAUGAUGCCCAUUUUAACUCUGUCUUACAUGGAAGUGUACGGUAAAUUACAUUUCCACUGCAACAGAAUGUUAUUUUUAAGUCACCCAUGUUUGAACUGCUCUGUAGUUAUGAAUGUUAAUAUGCUUAAAGUAGUGUUUUUUUCUUUAAAACAAUGUUUAUCAACUUGUUUUAUAUUUAAUGUGGCAGAAUAUGAUUGUUUAAGAUUAAAAUUAUAAAAUAUAGUACAUAAUGGGGGAAUAAAUCAGAUUGUGAACACACUUUCCGGACAUUCCUUGUAGAAGCAGGUAUUAAAAUCUUUUAACUCAUGACAAGGGAUUUCUUUGCAUCAGUGCAUUUAAAAAAAUGCAAAUUACUUGAUAAUUUCUUAUGCAAUCAUAAUCAAUUUAAAAGAUCGUGUGUAAUCUGUCACUAAUUCAUUGCUUUUACGUUCAAUGUUUGUAGAAAUGCAAACAUUUCAGUCAAGCUAUGUGCCAUUGUUAAGUUAGUGUCAUAAAAUAUAUACUAUAUUCAAGUAGCAUGUAUUAUGGUUUAGUAAACUGUUAUAUAUAUUUCGCUUUCGAACAUAACAGUGAACUGAAUCAGUGAAUUUAAAGUCAGUACUAACAGUGUCAUACUUAUUAUCUAUCUAUCUCAUAGUAUUGCCUCACGCCUCUUGCGAGUGUUAUGGGCAGGAUAGUAUUAUUAGAUAGAUACAAUCAUGUCAUGAAACUUCAUCAAAAUUAAAUAAUUAUUAUGAAUGCUCCUCAUAAUUGGCAAGCAUUUAUAUGAUUUAGUGAAAAACAUUUUUUGUGUUUUAUGUUAAAAAAAAUAUACUGUGAAGGACUCAAACAAUAUAAAGUCAUUGAUUUUCCAUAAUUGACAUAUAGCUUUAAACUUAAUUGAAUGAUAUAAUCGAGUUUAACAUAAAUAGUGUGUUGUUUUGAAUUGAUAUUUGUUUAUUUUUUGUUAUUUUACAAGUCUGUGUAAUGAAAAUAGGUUGUGAUAAUUUACAAAGAUCUGGCUCUGUCCCUUUCUGUCCUUUCUCUGUCUGUCUUUAAUCCACAUAGCUGUGUACUAGCACACAUUGCAGUGCAUUCACAUUAUGUUUUAUAUUAUUCGUGUAAUUUAUGCUGUAAAUACUUGUUAUUUGCUUCAAUAAUUUUAACCUUCCUGUAAAUGUAUGUAUCUCAACAAAGUCAGUCUAAGUUAUGUAUUAUAAUAUUUGACCCCUUGAUAACAUUAGUUUUAAGUAAAACUCAUUAAGCCAUCAAAUUAAUUCAAAAAGAUGUUUUCAAUGCCAGGCUGUUAUUUUGUUAUAAAUGUGUUCCAACAAAUAUUGACAGAACUUUAUGUUCAAAAACAAUCCCCUUGCUAUAAGUAUUUCAUUCCUGUGCAUCUUAUACAAUUAAAAUAUGUUUUCAUCUGAACAAAUUCUGUAUUUUAAUCACUAAACAAUUACCAAACACUGAUAUUUUACUGUAGAUUCAUGUACAUCAUUUAAAGAAUAAGUCUUUGCCAGUUAAAAUUGUUAACUAAUUAAAAAGGUGCAUACCUUUGCAUUCAUCAAUUGAAAAGAAAUGGGUAGUUGUACAAAUACUAUAUACACAUUUUCCUAUUUUGCUAUUGUCAUUGUAAAUUCCCCUACAAAUUUGUACAAUAUUAAUUGUAUUCUAUGUAUGAACGCUAUUUUUAAGUGCCUUUGUGCAAACACCAGAAUCAUAAAAAAUAAAAUGUAAACUCUG